AUGAAGAAGAUGAAAAAGCACAAGAAGGAGAAGAAGAAGAAGAAGAAGAAGAAGAAAAACGCCGGCCAAGGUAAGUGGGGCGUCUCCGGUCACUUCAAUGCAGACACCUGCACGCUGCCGCAUUUUCGGUCGUUCUCUGGAGAGUCGAUGGAGCCUGUGUGCAACUCACGAGUGUGGCGGACAGGCCAAAGAUAG